AAGGGGCGUCUGAAUUUGCGGUCAAUCUCUGUGGCUAGUUUUUCUACCCCGUCCCAUUCAUACCUCAGACUCUUAUUACGCGCCGCGACACCAGCGCGAUAAGGAUCUCACACGAAGAGAAGGGGAGAGACAGGUUGAUAGAGAGGGAAGGAAGGUGAAAAAGAGAAAGCAAAAUAUAUUUUAGACUGACAGAAGGGCAGUGGGACACGAGUAACGGGACUCAAAGCAAAGGCAACACGUCGUCCUAGUUUGUUUACAACCAAAUCGACAUUUUAGACUUUAUUUCAGAAAAAUUUGAACUUAACUGCAGUUGCUGUAUUUAAUUAGCCUGACACUUAAAAGCAGGAUCUCUGUCAGUUGGACCAUGGAGCGCACAAUCCCAGACUUCUCAGGCAACUGGAAGAUGAAAACUUCGGAAAACUUCGAGGAACUUCUCAAAGCACUCGGAGUGAACGUGAUGCUGCGUAAGAUUGCCGUGGCGGCAGCCUCCAAGCCCCAGGUGGAGAUCACUCAGGAUGGAGAGACUCUGUCCAUCAAGACGUCCACCACCGUCAGGACCACCCAUAUCACCUUCACCGUGGGAGAGUCCUUCAAUGAGACCACUGUGGAUGGGCGCCCCUGCACGAGUUCCACUCGUUGGGAGACGGACAGUAAAAUCACCUGUGAGCAAACCCUGGUGAAGGGGGAGGGUCCAAAGACUGCGUGGACCCGGGAGAUCACCAAUGACGGCGAGCUUAUCCUGACGAUGAGUGCUGACGAUGUGGUGUGCACUCGCGUCUACGUCAGAGAGUGAAAGACCAGAAGAAAAGAGGAAAAGAAAAGAAAGAAAGGAAAAAGGAUCAUCCGUCUCUCCAUCUCUCCCUCUCUCUCUCCAUCCUCCUCUUCACACUAACCCACUAUGAGACCCUCUCCAGUCAACCCCUGGGGUCCGCUAGUCAUCUCUAGCAUGUAUUUAACCUCCUAGUCAGCCAGCCAGUGUGUGUGUGUGUGUGUGUGUGUUUUAGCCUGUAGUCUGUAGGAGAGCGUGAACAUGACAUGUAUUAGCCAUAAUGUGUAUGUGUGUGUGUGUGUGUGUGUGUGUUCUGCUGGCUCCUUUUGUUAAAUUGUUAAAUUGUCUUUUCUCUUUCCACCUUUCACAUGAAAGUUUUAUAUUUAUUUACUAAACGCUGAUACUCUGUCGAGGUUUUUAUCGUGUCUUUUCUAUAGUACGUUCUUGUUUGUGCAGAUGUGACCAGAGCUGUCAGAGAACAAUAAAGCACAUUCUGACAUC